AUGGGAUCCAGCAUACUGGUUGAUGUGUGUGGCACAAUUGAAAAGAUUGACGAAUGUUUAACCAUCGACAAAUUAUCUACAGGAAAUGAAUGUUCGGAUGAUGUAUUAUACACUGCUUUUUGCCCUACCAAGAAAGAGGGUCAAAAGGGACAAUGUGUGACAAAUGGUGAAAAAAUUAGUGCUGGGUUUACAUGGUUGUUAACGAUGCUCGAGGCUCUUAAUGAGGAGUGUCCUGAAAAUGAAAAAGACAAAUAUAUUGAAUAUGCUAUUUUAUGGUUAAGUUCUAAAAGUAAUAUAAUUAAUUCUGAUAUGUAUGUUAGUACAGAUGCUAUUUAUGACAUUCUUGAAAGAAAUAAUCCCUCUUGGUAUAAUCAAUUUCGUAAUAAAGUAAAUAAAAAAAAAAAAUCAAUGAAUUUUAGUAAUUACCAUAUGUGUAAUCUAUAUAAAUUACUUAAUGAAUUAUGUACUCUAAUUACUAAAUAUAACCAAGAUAGAUCAAACCCAGAAGCAUAUUUAGGAUAUGCUAAUAAUUUUGCUGAAACAUAUAAAAAUUAUGUUACGAACGCCUCUAAGGUUCAAAAUUGCGAAUCAUAUUGUGAUGUGCUGUCUACUUUAAAAAGUGAAUAUGAUAAUUUUAAAGAAGAAAAUAAAGAUCUAGAAGGUAAACUUCCUGAAAUCAAUGAAACAGAAACUUGUAAGGAUUUAUGUAAACAAAAAAAACAAAAAACAGAGAAUGAUAAGGGUAUAGGAGAUGGAUUGGAUGAUGGGAAAGUAGAUAUAGAUGACGGAACAGAUGAUAAUCAAAGAAAUCAAGAAGAAUCAAGAAAUGGACAAGGUGCCACAGAUAGUGUUCCAGGAGAAAAAGAAACUAAAAGUACACCAGGAAUAACUUUUUAUAUUGGUCAAUUCGUUUAUACGAGCGUAUUAAAUAGCACUUUCAAUUUUGUUGAAACAUAUAAGGAACAAAUUAUAAAUAUCUCUAAAGGAAUCCCUGAUGUAUAUAAUAAAACUUUAAAUAUUAUAAAAAAUGGUUUCAGUAAAUCUACUAAUUUUUUUAAUGAAAUUAUUGGGAGUAUAAGCUCCAGCUCUAAAAAGGUAGAAAUAUCUGGUAGUUCAGGCAAUAAAAGGCAGGAAUUAGACGGCGCAGGGGAUGAAUCACCCUCAUCUGAUGACUCAUCAUCACCUCAAAAACAUACACUCCAAGCUUCAUCAUCAUCAAGUUCUACGAAACAAACUAAAACAUCAGAAUCGUCUCAGGGCCCAACUGUAAAAACAAAUUCUGAUCAAACGGAUCAAGAAAAACCUCAAGCACAAGUGCCAAAAUCAGUGAUUACAUCGGAAAGUUCAGUAAUCGAAGUAAAAGAAAAUGGAACAACAGGAAUAGAUGUUAAUAUACUCAAAAAAUACAAACCAAUUGGAAUUUCAAUUAUAAUGCUUUUAAUACCCAUUGCUUUAGCCAUUAUGUACAAGUAUUUUCCAUUUAAAUGGAGAAAGGAAUUGAAGAAAAAAAAAAACAUGAAAAAGGUUAUAAAUAUAUUUGGUGUAAAUGAAGCGACAAAAAGAGUUAUAAACCCAACUGAUCGAAAAAACAAAGUGCAAAUAAUUAUAAAUUUAUCUAAAAAAAAGCAGGAUAAAAAGGUUACAAAUUUAUCUAAAAAAAAUCAGGAUGAAAAGGUUACAAAUUCAUCUACUCAAAAAAAACAGGACAAAAAGCUUAAAAAUUCAUCUACUCAAAAAAAGCAGACUAAGCAGUUUAUAAAUUCCAUUUAUUGGGAAAAAUAUCCAUUAUUAAAUAUAUAUAAACUUAUGGAGGCCAAGCCUGUACCAUUUAUUAUUUUGUAUUUGGUGUUUAUUUUUUAUGUUUAUAGAAGAAAAUGCGAUUCUUUAGAAUAA